UGCGUCAUUACCAUGUCGGUGCUCUGCCCAGCUGGCUCUAUGAAAGGUCAACGCCAUACUAGGUUCUCGAAUUUUGAUCCUUGCCGCACCGGCCUCGCCUCAAGAGAAUGCCUUCAGUUGCCGCCAUCAUUGGCCGGAACUGUAAAGUGGCUUCGAUGUGCGACUCCCCGUGUGGUUGAUGGCAAGCCUCUCUUGCGGCUACUCAGGCCAGAAUCCCGGUCGUACCCUCUUCUGAUGAGGCCACUUCGGCGUAUGCGCAGUCUCAGGCCUCAUGCCCGGAACUGGACAUCAAAGAGGGCCUUGAAGAGAUGGCCAAGCACUGGAGCCAGGACGAGUUAGAUGCUAGACGGCGGCUGGUCCAAUUCCGAAGAAGCCAGUCAGGGGCCACGAUAACCACAUCCUUUGGGCCGGUGUCACCAGAACACUACUUGAAUAGUGGUUGCGUCAGCUGUAUACUGUGGGAAGAGAAGGGCGGGUGCUAUAUCACUAGCACGGACAUUUUUGUCCUUCUCGAGUUUCUACUAGGGGUACGGAUGUCGAAGGAACAGAAGGACCGCAUUCGCCGAAACUUAGAAAAUUUCAAGCCGACCACGAUUUCCAAGAGCGGGGACACUGAGAAGUUUUUCAACGUUAUCAUGAAAUUCCCGAAUCCCAUGCCGCGCAUACUCAUAAUAGCCAUCAAGGUGUUCCCUUGGGAGGUUCUGGGGCAUGUGCUGAUAAAGAGCAUCAGUAAAUAUUAUGCGUCUACUCUAGUGUCGAGCGGUCAGGAGGCUGGGCAGUGAGGCUUCUACGCAGCGGUCGAUUUCGGAGCAGAAAUCAUCCGCUAGCUUGGGCCAGUUUUUUCGGAGGGGAGUUCCCAUGGGUUGAAGUCCAGCAGC